GUGUGAAUUUCCCAAGAAGCUGUCUAGUUGUAGUUGGAAAGUUUCUCUUUUAUUUAAGGGAAACAUUUCCAGAUCCAGAAUAUUUGCAGCUUGUUUUAUGCAGAACUGUGUUCGUACUACCUAUCGCCUGUUAUCAACCAUGUACAAGGAUUCUGGAACUAAUCUUGCUUCCCUUAGUGCUACCGAAAUCAAAGAAUGGAUCAAUUCAUUCGAUACGGUUCUAACGGACUGUGAUGGUGUUAUCUGGGUUGACAACAAUACACUACCUCAGGCCACCGACGUUAUUAACAAGUUCAUCGAAAAUGGCAAGAAGCUAUUCUUUGUGACUAACAAUUCUACCAAAACCCGACCCGAGUUUGUGACGAAGUCUGUCAAGUUGGGUUUCAAUGUCGGCGCCGAUAACAUCAUCUCCACUGCCUACCUAGCAGCUCAGUACCUGAAAGGGAUAGGGUUCAGCAAAAAAGUCUACGUCGUUGGGUCGACCGGCAUCAGCCGGGAGCUGGAUGCCGUAGACAUCCGACACAUCGGAAUCGGCUCGGAUGUCCUCGAGGGAAGUCUUGCGGAAGCCGUUCAGGGCUUCACUCCGGACCCAGAGGUCGGAGCCGUAAUCGUCGGGUUCGAUGAGCAUUUCAACUUCAUCAAGAUGAUGAAGGCGGCAUCGUACCUGGACAUGCCGGACGUGAUCUUCAUCGGGACCAAUACGGACGAACGGUUUCCCAUGCCGGGUUGUGUGAUUCCCGGAACGGGUAGUAUUGUGAAUGCGGUGACGACCUGUGCCGAGCGGAAGCCGUUGGUGAUGGGAAAACCGAACAAGCAUAUAUGUGAUAUUCUGGAGAAGGAGUACAAGGUGGAUCCGAGCAGGACGCUGAUGAUUGGGGAUCGCUGCAAUACGGACAUUUUGCUGGGGAAGAACUGCGGCUUUAAGACACUGCUUGUUGAGACGGGGAUCCACAAAGCGGCGGACAUUGAGAAGUUUGCACAGUCCAACGAUGCGGAAACGAGACAGCUGGUGCCGGAUGUUUAUACCAGCAAACUUGGGGAUCUGCUGCCAUAUCUGUGAAUGCGUUGCUUUGGAAGGCAUCAUUCGACUGUGAAUCUCUAGAAGAGAUUCUUGUACUAGAAUGACUUUGCUGUGAGGUGCUUCAUAGAUGCAUUGAAAUAAAUAUAGUCUG